AUGAAGGCACUUGUUAAGCUCACAGACGGAGACAACAACGGGCAGUAUGGAGACCAGUGGCGGCCAAAAGUCCAUUUCGCCGCUGGUGUUUCCCAACCUGGCAUCACGAAGAAGGGCUCAAGCAUGGCAGAGACUCUGGUUGGAGCGGAAGACCACUUGAGGAUUAACGAGGAUGGGCUGAGUCUAAUCGAGAUUUUGUGA